AUGUCAACCAGAUCCCCAACCAUCAAGCGCAUCCUCAAAGAAGCAUCCGAACUCGCCAACUCACCCUCCACAGACUACCACGCGGCACCACUAGAAAACGACCUCUUCGAAUGGCACUUCACCCUCAAGGGAGCACCCGCUCCUUCUCCCUUCGAAGGCGGCAUCUACCACGGCCGCAUAGUCCUCCCGCCAGCAUAUCCACUCAAACCACCAUCAUUCCGGUUCCUCACGCCAACCGGCCGCUUUGAAGUCAAUCGAGAGAUAUGCCUCUCAAUCAGCGGGCAUCACGAAGAGACAUGGCAGCCGGCGUGGGGCAUUAGGACGGCACUGGUCGCGAUUCGCAGCUUCAUGGACACAGAAGCCAAGGGUCAGCUGGGAGGCAUGGAUGCCAGUGACGAGGUUCGGAGGAGGUUCGCGGCGCAAAGCAAGGCGGGAAAGUGUGCUGCAUGUGGGAAGACGAAUGAGGACAUCAUGAAGGAGCAGGAAGCGGCAGUCAAGGAGAGUGGUGCUGAGGAGAAGAUAGAUGUGGUGCCGGAGGAGUUGAGGUUGGCGUAUCGGGAGGAUCUGAGUAAGCGAGACGCGACAGCGAAGGGCGAGGGAUCAAGCCCGGCGACGAGAGCUUCUGAGGUGCCCCCUGCAGCCGUUCCUGCACUCAUAUCACCUCCAUCAGCCGACGCGAGACCUGCCUCAGGACCAGCGCCUGUACCGCCUGCUACCGCUGCUGUAGUACAACAGCAACAACAUCCAGCUCGUCGACGGGACGAUGGAAUUCCUGCUUGGAUCGACAAGGCGAUUUAUGGUGUCGUUGCUGCGCUAGUCUUUCUGCUUUGGAAGAAGUACCUCUAG